UUCAUACACUUCAAUGCCCUCCUCCAUCACCACCAUUCAAUAUGUUGUUUCUUGUAUGCUCAGAGCUUGCCAUUCAAAUCCUACCGUCAGUCUCCAUUUCACAGACCUCUUUCUCACUUUCGCUCCACCCGUUCUUCAGCCAUGUCCACCCAAACCAAAGCGAGCAGCCUGCUCGGCCUCAACGCGAUCGUCGCUGGCUCUGGCCUGCUGCAGGACGCCGGCUUCCUCAUCACCGACAAGCCGCAGCGCGAGUCGCGUCCUGGCCGCCCAGUCGUCUGCGCCCACGACGGCACCUUCCACUGCGACGAGGCGCUUGCCUGCUUCAUGCUCAAGCUGACCGACAAGUUUGCCAAUGCGGAUAUUGUGCGCACGCGCGUACCGGCAGUGCUGGCCGAGGCCGAUUGCUGCGUCGAUGUUGGCGCUGUCGACGAUCCGAGCACGCACCGGUACGACCACCACCAGGCGUCGUUCAAGGGCACAUUCUCGCCUGCGUACAAGUCGCGCUUGUCGAGCGCUGGCUUGGUGUACAAGCACCACGGCCGCGAGGUCAUCCGGAAGAUUGUGGCCGGUGUCAUCUCGCCAGAGCACCCCGAGCUCGAGGCGCAGACCGCCGUGCUGUACGAGCGCGUCUACAAGCAAUUCAUUGAGCACAUCGAUGCGAUGGACAAUGGCCAGGAGGUCAGCGAAAAUGGCGUCCUCAUGUACAACCUGUCGUCCCACAUUGGAACGCGCGUGUCCCGACUCAAUCCCGAGUGGAACGAGGAAGCCGACAACGCGACCGUCAACGAGCGCUUCCGUCUGGCCAUCUACCUGACUGGAAGCGAGUUCCAUGACUAUGUGAGCGGCCAGGCACGCGCGUGGCUUCCUGCUCGCGGCAUUGUCGAGGCCGCCGUCGCUGCCCGUCACACUGUCCACCCUUCUGGCCAGAUUAUCAAGCUCGACCAGUUCUGCCCGUGGAAGGAGCAUCUCUUCAUGCUCGAGGAGGAGCUCAACAUCCAGGGAGCCAUCAAGUUCGUCCUGUUCCAGGACAAGAGUGGCACGUAUCGUGUGCAGACUGUCUCGGUGGACGAGGCGUCCUUCUUUUCAUCGCGCAUCCCAUUGCUCGAGGCCUGGCGCGGUGUUCGUGACGAAGCCCUCUCUGAGCUUCUUGGCAUUCCCGGAGCCGUCUUUGUUCACGCUUCCGGCUUCAUUGGCGGGCACAAGACCUACGAGGGUGUUUUGGAAAUGGCUGCGCGCUGCCUUUAAUGGGAGAUGGGGGGUGGAGAUGUUGGUUGAUGUGUUUGUGCUGUAGUAGUAGGUUUGUGCACAAAUGGAAGACGUUUUCAGAUCAAUCCACA